UCUCUCUCUCUCUCUCUCUAAAAAUCUAGGGUUUUCGUCAGUACGAAUCGUUUCUCCGAUUGCGGAGCCAAAAUCAACCACCCCCUGAUUCGUUCAAUUUCGAGCCCUAAUAACGAUUGCCGCUACGGCAUCGAAGAUUUUGGGGAUCGUCAUUGGUUCGGGAUUUAGCAAUUUUGGCACUUCCGUUUCGGCGACAGUGGCUUGUGCUUGCGUGCAAUCCGUUCUGCUAGGUGCGUGGUCGUUGAGAAACAUUCGCUCUCAUUCGAUCCAUUGAAAUUUUUGUUUUUUCCCUCUCUCCUUCCCUUUCCUAGUGUUGGCGAUUUUGAGUGUGGCGUUCCGGUUGAGGCCGAAUCGAUGGCUACGGGGAGAGAGGAUGAGGUGGAAUACGAGAGCGAUCCCGAUGAGACGAAGCAAUCCCUGGCGAUGCGGAGGCGAAGAGCUGCGAGUGACGACGAGGAGAGUGAGAAGGAAGAGGCAUUGGAGGGAGAAGGCGGGAAGGAAUCUCGAGCGGGUCGGGUUCGCUCCGAGGAGUCCGACAGCGAGGGUGGGGCGGCUGAUUAUGACGAUGAAGAGGGUGAGUUAGAGGAAGAGGAAGAAUUGGAUGGAGAAGAGGAAGAGGAGGAAGGCAAUUAUGAAGACGCGGAAGAAGUGAUUGAUGAAGAAAAAAUGAAUGAGAGGCGUGUUGGGGAAGUGGAGAGGAAUGACAACAUCAACAUGGGGCAUGAGGAGGAGAAAGAGGUGGUGGAUCGAGAUUUCAAGGAUGAGGGUCAGAUAGCCGUGGAGGAGCCUCUGGGUGAGUGGGGGGAGGAUCAGGCAGAAGAUCAGGUGGAGAAGAAGGAGAACGAGCCUUACGCAGUACCCACUGCUGGGGCUUUUUACAUGCAUGAUGAUCGAUUUCGGGACAAUGUAGGUGGCCGCAACAGGAGGACUUUUGGUGGUAGGAGGCUGUGGGAGUCAAAGGAUGAAAGGAAGUGGGGCCAUGACAAGUUUGAAGAGAUGACCAUGCAAGAAAGGCGCUAUGAUGAGAGAAGGAGGACUUCCAGAGGUAAUUAUCGAGGUCGUGGUAGAAAUCGGGCUGUUGACCGUGGAUAUGUUAGAGGGAACAGAGCAAGAGCUUUUGAUAACAAUAGUCCAGUUGGCACAGGUAAUAACAGUAGCAAUCAGAACCAAGUACCUAGAGGUGUGAGAGGGAGAGGGCCUAGAAGAUAUGAAAGUUCUCUGAAGAAGAGCAGUCAUGCACCUCCAAAUCAUAACAAACAAUCCAAGAAGCCUGUUGAAGAAGCUUCGCAAGAUAACUUGGGGCAAGUGUUUAUAUCCACUUUGAAUACAGAAGCUGAUCAAGCUCCUGCAAAAAAACAAACAUUUGCAUCAAGUUUGAAUUCUGCUUCUCCACCUUUUUAUCCUUCCAGCUCUACUAGUAAGGAUGUUGCACCAACACAGAAAAAGGAUGGGCAAGUUGGAAAUCUUAGUCGGAACAAUCGUGCUUCUAUGGUGGAUGACAAUUUUUCUGGGCCUCCUCCUAAUGCAUUGUUGCGAGGAAAGAACAUAGCUAAUUCAGUUGGCAUAGAUAAGCUCUCCAUUGAUGAUUCUGUCACUACUUCUGCUGCGAAACCUUUGGCCACUUUGCAUAUUGCUCCUACUGGUUCAUCUGUCAAUGCUUCUCAGUCUUUUCAGACUAGGGCUCAAGGAAAGGCAAUGGCUCCCCCUGCAGGACAGAUGCCUUAUCAAAAUAACCCUUCCCAGGGCCAAAGGAACAGACUAUCGCCACAAGUGCAGGUCCAUGCUGGUCAGAGAAAUGCUGGCCCAAAUAGAGUUCAAACUUCCCCUCAAGUAGCAGGACAGCGUCCUGGUAGUGGAUCUCAAGCGUCCUCUCCACCUACAACAGCUGCUUCCGUAAAUUCAUAUGAAACCGCAGAGAUGGAAGCUGCUUCUGAAGCAAACAAGUCAGCUGGGGCUUUGGUUGGAAAGGGAAAAGGCAGUGUUCAAGGAGGUGGGAGGGGCUCUUUUGUUUACAGUGGUGCUCAUGUCGUGGGGGCUGGUGGGAAUAUGGGUGUUGGUCAUGGCGAUCAAAACUUCCCUGGUACUCCCGCAUUUUUACCUGUUAUGCAAUUUAGUGGUCAGCAUCCUGGAGUCCCGACUGUUGGCAUGGCAUUUCCAGGAUAUGUUGCCCCACCUCAACUUGGUCUGGGGGCAAAUUCUGAGAUGACAUGGUUACCCGUACUCGCGGGUGCCGCAGGAGCUUUAGGGGCUACAUAUUGUUCGCCGUACAUUGCUGUUGAUGGUGCUUAUCAUGCUCCUUCCGGGCAGACAACUUCAAUGGCCACGUCAAGCAAGGAAGGUCAGUCAAACAAAACUAACUCUGAUUGGAAGCCCUCUCAAAAACCUGAACUUUUAAGUGAGGAACAUGGACAGCGACAAAAUAAACCUCGUAGAUACUCAGAGAUGAAUUUCGGCCAGUGAAGCUUCAAUAAUGUGGAGACUGAAUUAGCAAGUUUAAGGCCGUCUCUUAGGCCCUUGUGAUUUCCAGCUUUUGGUCUGGUGCACUUUGGGCCAACAUAUGUUCCCAGAUAGGUUAGGUAUGGGAAUCGACCCAAAUGCAUCUCUUUUCUCCUCCUUAAUUAUGUUUCUGCAGAAGUGGAUGGAAAAUAAUUUUUCGCCCUUAAUCUGUCUGCUAGGUGUUCUGUUACUCGUCGGUUUACCUGUGGUUUGAUUUCUGAAAGAAGCUUUUGUGUGAGAGAGAGAGAGAUGGUGACAGGCUUUUUCAGAGAGCUAUAAGAAGAUGAAUAAGAAGAAUCAAUGUGCAGCAGCAGCUGUUAUGAGACAUGAAGUUGAUAGUAUCGUGUGGUUGAGUUCUGUGUUCCCGAGAUUUGCAUUUUCUGAUGCCCUGUUUUCUGGUUUGGUUAAUGCAUGGUUUUUACUAUUCUUCCGGGACAUGACUGGGCUCUAGUGCCAUAAUCCAAGUGUUAUGUUAAUUGAGUUGGUCAAUGAUUCUUUUCCAUAAACCAUCUGUACCAGCUACUUUCAAACUUCAAUUGGCAUUGGAAGCAUGUCUUCUUUACAUUUA